GGGAUCGCGGGGGACGUGGGGGAUACGGCGGAGCCCCUCGAGAUGACUAUCAGGGGGGUGGGGGUUUCAAUGACAGAGGAGGGUACAAUGACAGAGGUGGCUACAGGGGAGGCAGAGGGUAUGGAGAUCGUGGUGAUAGAGGUGGCUACAGGGGCGGAGGUCCAGGUGGAAGACCUAGAAGAGAUAGUGGCAACCAACAGUAUGAUGAUUUAAAAGAAGCUUCAGCAGAAUCAUUAGCGCAACGUCCAAAAUUAAAGCUCUUACCAAGGGGGUCAACAGCUACGGAAGGUCCAAAACCAAGUGCUUCAGAUAGCGCUCCUCCAAAUCGCAACACCAGUAUAUUUGGAUCGGGGAAGCCACGUGAUAAAAUAGAUGUGGAUUUAAAACCAGAAUCUAGACCAUCAGAAAGAAAAACUAGCGAAAGUAGUAAUCAAUAGUUGCUACAUAUACUGUACAUAG